AUGUGCAACACUGUUUUGUGUGUGGUCGCAGCCGCAUCUGCUCAACUGUCGAGUGUUUGCCUCUAUGAACCGGACGGGACGCGAGUGCCUGUGGCGACCCAUUGCGGUCGCUUUGCGGUAUGCCAGCAGGGAGAAGUGGUUGCCAUCGGCAGCUGUCCCCGCGGGCUCCACUUCAAUCGACAACUGGCCGAGUGCGAUUUCCAGUGGCGAGCCAACUGCUUGGGCCUGUCGCCAUUUGCAGGCACUAAUACCAGGGCAGAUGCCGAAUGCACCUGCACCUGUUGCGCCGAUGAGUGUCCGGAUAUUGACGACGAUAAGCCAGGUUUAACCACGUCGGUAACAGAGCCUUGCGACACGGACACGGAGCCGUCAAGCUCAGAACCCGCCGUCACAAGCUCUACGAACCCCACAGAACCCGAUAAGUCCACGGAUGGUGUCUCCGAUGAGACCACAACCGAUGAGCUCACAACCGACACGAACAAUGUCGUCAACACCACGCCUUCCCCUCCAUCUGCUGUGCCCACCUAUUGCUCCAGCCAGCGCGAUGAAUGUGCCAACCAGACUACCAACGUCAAUCUGCCAAUUCCCGGAGUGUGCGGAAGGUACAUUCAGUGCAGUAAUAGAUGCGUCAAUGAGAUGAGCUGUCCCUCCGGCCUCUACUUUAACCCCAUAAGCGAAUACUGUGACUUCCCGGAGAACGUUAAUUGCACACCAUCGGUCAUCGCAGACUCCUCAGAAGAUAUAGAGGGACCCUCGGGCACGACGUGUACAAGCCAGGGCGUCUGUGCGGGCAUGCGUGACGGCACGCUGAUCGCCGAUCCCGAAACUAAUGGAUACUUUGUGUGUCAAUGCCAAUGCCCCAUCGCAAUGCCUUGCGACGAGUACACCAAGUUCAAUCAGACUGCUCAGGUCUGCGAUUGGGACACGAGCGCCGAAUCUACUGCGGUUAUCUGUCCCGACGGUCUGGUCUACAAUGCCACCGCGAAUGAGUGCGAUUAUCCCGAAGGCUAUGUUCCAGAAGUCGCCUGCAACAGCACCAGCAACGUGUGCCAGGGCGAGGAGGAAGGAGCCCUGUUCCCGGUCGAUGGAGUGUGCAACAAGUUCUAUAAGUGCAACUACAACUGUGCCGUUGAACAGCAGUGCCCAAACAACUUGAUCUUCAACGUAGAGACUGAGAUCUGCGACUAUCCCCAAAACGUGCAGUGUCAAUGGCCUCAUACGCCGCCCUCAGGACCGAACGCCGGACCCUCGGGCAUCGCUUGCGAGACCAACGGACGCUGCCUGAAUGCACGGGAGGGUACCUAUUUACCAUCCGAGAUUAGUUGCAAUGGAUAUGUCAUCUGCCAAUGCGAGUGCGAGGUCGAGUUGACGUGUCCCGAUGGCUUGUACUGGGACCAGGACCUAUUGACUUGCAACUACAGCAUAAACGUCAAUUGUACUCUAUAG